CUUAUACAAGAACAUCCGAGUUUUGAGGUUAUCAACAUCUGAUGACGCUGAUUUACUACCACUGUAUCGCUCUGUAAUUAAAAUGUUGAUUGACACCAUGUUUUGCUGCCAUUUUGUGAAAAAGAACACAAUCAAAAGAAUUCGACUUCUGCACAAAAAAGUAUGGUCUUUGAAAAUGAUUGAUAAACACAAAGUGAUUGGCUACUAUUGAACGACCAUACUGAGCUGUAACAUACCAAUGGGAUAAAAAUCUGUUUUUCUGUCGAAACUUAGGCCCUUCUGUGAGCUUUUGUGAGCUCUUCUGCGUGCUUCUGUGAGCUCUUCUUUCAUUUCAAUAUUAGUCAUUUGUCUUUUCAGUUUAUCGUUUCAGCCAAAAUAUAAUUGUAAACUGUGCUAGCUAGUAAUUUUGAAUUUCAGUCUGGCGCGUACCCUGCGUGACUCAUGUGAGCCGAUAGCCAUGCUGGGCACCCAACUGUCGGUGGUGGCCAGUGUGAAGGCAGUGUGUCCGGACAAACACGAGACAGACGACGCAUUAGUCACCAAUGCUGGCAACCUCAUAGAUGCAGUCUCAAAUACACUCAUACACACAGAAGCAUGCUGUAUCAAGGAUGAGUUCUUCAUUCAAGGUCUGAAACCAAAACCAGAAGAUGGGGUCGAAAACUCCGAUGGGCAUGAAGCCAUCAAACUGGCUGCCAGCUGGAAGAGACGACUGGACCAGAAGAGGAAACAUGCGGCCAGCCACCUCCCAGUGGACAGUUUUGGACUAAGGAAGACCACGUUGGACAGGGGAGGGGACGCCAGUUUGAGGGAUUACCUGAAAACCCCAUGAAGAGAGAUUUUUUCAGAAAGUAAACUCAACAAAGUUACGAAAUCCACAAAUUUGAGAACUCCACAGUCUUCGAAAAACUUGAAAUACUAUGAAAAAUUAGUUUCUUUUUUAUAUGAGUUGAAUACAAAAUGGCAGACACUGAUUACGACAAAGAAUAUU